AUGGCAGAUGCACCUCUGUACAAGCAGCGCCGCAGAUACACCAGGGAGCUCCACGACGUCCACCUCCACGGCAAUCACAAGCUCCACAUUGUUUGCACAAGCAAGGGUAAAGAUGUGGACAAGAUGUUGUCCACGUUCAAGAGGAAGCUCGGCGGAAUGCCCGUCAAACUAGUUGGCGUUGAUGUCGAGUACACGCACUACAUGAAGCCACAGCGGGCAGCAGUGCUCCAGCUAUGCGUAGAAAAAGAAUGCCUUGUCUACCACAUCUAUGCAGCUAUAGACAAGCCAAUGGAACUAUACAAAUUCCUCAUGAAUGAUGAGUACACCUUCGUCGGAUUCGCUAUUGAAGGAGACAAAAUCAAGGUGAAGGUAUCUGGUUUGGAGAUUAACUCCGACAACUACAUUGAUAUUCAGGUGGAAUGGAGAGACCCAUACAAUAAAAAGAAGUUUGACUCUUUGGCUGAUGUUGCCAGUAGGAUGAUAGACAUUCACUACCAUGACAUGAAGAAAAAAAUUAACCGCGAGGAGGACCAUACUCUGUAG